AUGGACCGAGAUGGACGGCUGCUUCCCCCGGGGAUAAGGCAGUUUCCGACUUGUGUGAAGACUGUCAACCUUUUGACGGACGUCGGAAGUGCAGGAAUUUGUGUGGCCCAGCUGCGCAUUCAGUCCCAUCAGAGAACAAGCGAAGACCGACUCCAAGUUGGAGAAUGGCAAGCUCUUUGGUCAAGCGCCUUGGAAGCCCAGCCCCCAACAGAGCCCAGAGGUGAUGAGGAGGCCAGCAGCAAGCCUUGGGAUGUGGUGGACCAAGACACAGGAGGCUUCCGGAGAGCGGCGGCAGCAGGGCUGCCUUCGCCCCAGUCGCCCCGGAGACGCAUCUGCCCCACCAGCCGCCUCCUCCUGGUGCUGACGGUCUUCUGCGGCCUCCUCAGCCUCUCGGUGGUGAUCCUGGGCGUCAAGAGGGCUCACCUCGGCACAGGCCAGCAAGGCGCGCGGGAGGCCCUUCAGAGCUUCAACGUGACCUUCUCGAAGGGGCUGCUUGGCGGCCAGCACAAGGAGAACAGCACCAGAUCCAAGCUGAAGGUGCUGGAGACAAUGCUGAGCAGCCUGGGAAACAAGAUGGAGAAAGUCAAGACCCGGCUGAAAAACCAUCUGGAUUCCUUGCAGCGAGACUCCAGAAUUUUCCAUUGUGACUUAGUAGAGCUGAAAAGCAAUGGCAGCAAAACCGGCUGUUGCCCAAAGAACUGGGCGAUUUUCCACCAGAGCUGCUAUUGGACGACUCGGAUGAGGCUGCCAUGGGAAGAGGCGAAACUUGACUGUGAGAAAAAGUCUGCCCACCUGGUGAUCAUCAACUCACCUGACGAGAAGGCUUUUGUGAAUCAGCACAAGAGGUCGGACAUCUGGAUUGGCUUGACGGAUUCUAGCGGCAGCUGGAAGUGGGUGGAUGGAUCGUCCUACUCGCUUCGACAAGAGGACUGGGGUGAAGGUCAGCCAGACCACUGGUAUGGCCACGGCCUUGGUGGCGGGGAAGACUGCGUUCAAAUGUUCGCCAGUGGCCAAUGGAACGACAACCACUGCUCGCGUCCUCUCCCCUGGAUGUGUGAACUGGAGCUGAACGCCUAGCAUGAAGCAAAUGCAAACCCUCCGAGUCCUGCAGAGAGUCCCAUAUAACCGAUUUUAUCAUCAUCUUUGUAUAGAAUCGGCUAAGACAGGCUGCCCUCAGCCACCCCACUUUCUCGUCAGCGAUUGGCUGCUUGGGGUGAAUGUCACAGAAUGUUCAUGAGCAUUCCAACUGGGGGGCGGGGGGAGUAGAAGGGUUGGUCACAUACUACAUACAUGCGCCAGGGUAUUCCAGUGCACAGAGCAUUGGGUGGUCCUCCUGAAUUCUGAUCCCACUUUUGGCAUGGACUCAACUGGGUCAAGUCAGACAGCCUGAUCUGUUUUAUUGUUUACAUUUAUAUCCUGCUCUUCCUCCAAGGAGCCCAGAGCAAUGUACAUGGUUAUGUUUAUCCUCACAACAACCCUGUGAGGUAGGUUAAGAUACGUGACUGGCCCAGAGUCACCCAGUGAGUUUCAUGGCUGAAUGGGGAUUUGAACUCGGGUCUUCCCGGUCCUAGUCCAAUACUCUCUAACCACUUCACCACACUGGUCUUUUAAAAGUAGGAAUCAGGUUUGUGUGUGUAAGACAGAGGUUCUCAAGCUUGAGUCCCCGUUGUUCUUGGACUACAACUUCCAUCAUCCCCAGCCACAAUGGCCUUUGGGGGAUGGGAGUUGCAGUCCAAGAACUACAGGGGACUCAAGCUUGAGAAUCCCUGUGUAUUGGGUGGAAAGCUGGUCUUGUGGAAGCAUCGUUGAAUUGUCCUCUUUGCUAAGCAGGGUCCACCCUGGUUUGCAUAUGAAUGGGAGACUACAUUUGAACACUGUAAGAUAUCUCCCUCAGGGUCUGGGGCCGCUCUGGGAAGAGCCCCGGCCUGCUUGCAUGCAGAAGGUCCCAAUUUUCCUCCCUAGCAGCAUCUCCAAGACAGGGCUGAGAGAGGAGAUUCCUGCCUGCAACCUUGGAGAAGCCGCUUCCAGUCUGUGUAGACAAUCCUGAACUAGAUGGACCAAGGGGUCUGACUCAGUAGAAGGCAGCUUCCUCUGUCCCUAUGUCAAGGAGAGUAUGAGCAGUAUUGUGAUCCAACCCUAACCCUUCUGGGUAGGAGUCUGUUGGGUUGUGAAUUGAAAUCUAUAUCCAUCUAUGCUUAAACAGUUAAUAAAGUUAUUUUUUAAAGCAUA